CGUCGCGCUCGUGACUGCCCUUCACGUCCGUCCACAUCCUCUGCGGUUCGACUCCCAAGCACAGCGCAACCAUGGCCCUGCUCAAGUCCCACAAGGUGCUCAACUGUUUGGGCAACAUCACCCCUUCUCUGGCCGUUCUUUCACACCGCAACAGCUCAUGGUGGGGUGGUGUUCAAAUGGGGCCCCCAGAUCCCAUCCUGGGUGUGACAGAGGCCUUCAAGAGGGACACAAACCCAAAGAAGAUGAACCUGGGAGUUGGAGCCUACAGGGAUGACCAGGGCAAGCCAUUUGUGCUUAGCUGUGUCCGCAAGGCUGAGGCUAUAAUUGCUGAUAAAAAGUUGGACAAAGAAUAUCUUCCCAUUGGUGGUCUUGGUGAAUUCAGCAAAGCUUGUGCUGAACUUGCUCUCGGAGAGAAUAAUGACGUCUUGAAGAGCGGCAGAAACAUCACUGUUCAGACCAUCUCUGGGACGGGAUCUUUGCGCAUUGGAGCCAACUUUCUGUCUCGAUUCCAUGCCGGGCCUCUCGAUGUGUACCUGCCUAAGCCCUCCUGGGGAAACCACACACCCAUCUUCAGAGAUGCUGGCAUGCAGCUCAAAGCCUAUCGCUAUUAUGACCCUUCCACUUGUGGCUUUGACUUCAAAGGAGCACUGGAGGACAUUUCUAAAAUCCCAGAGAAGAGUGUGAUCUUACUUCAUGCUUGUGCUCACAACCCCACUGGUGUGGACCCAAAACAAGAGCAGUGGAAGGAGAUUGCUGAGGUCGUGAAGAAAAGGAACCUGCUUCCUUUCUUCGAUAUGGCCUACCAGGGAUUUGCCAGUGGAGACAUCGACCGCGAUGCCUGGGCUGUACGUUACUUCAUUGAGAAAGGCCACAACAUUGUGCUGUCUCAGUCCUUUGCCAAGAACAUGGGACUCUAUGGCGAGCGUGUGGGGGGCUUCACAGUGGUCUGCAAAGACUCUGAGGAGGCCAAGAGAGUGGAGUCUCAGCUGAAGAUCCUCAUCAGACCCAUCUAUUCUAACCCACCCAUGAACGGUGCCAGGAUUGCCACGACUAUCCUCAACACACCAGAUCUGCGCACUCUGUGGCUGGAGGAGGUCCAUGGCAUGGCCAACCGUAUCAUCAGAAUGAGAGAGGAGCUGGUUGACGGUCUGAAGAAGAAUGGCUCCUCCCACAACUGGCAGCAUGUCAUCGACCAGAUCGGCAUGUUCUGCUUCACUGGACUUAAGCCUGAGCAGGUCGAGCGGCUGACUAAAGAGUUCUCAGUGUACAUGACCAAGGAUGGCAGAAUUUCAAUGGCAGGCGUGUCCUCUGGGAAUGUUGGAUAUCUGGCUGACGCCAUCCAUGCUGUCACCAAGUAGUGGGAAUCUUCAACGGCAACAUUGAAGUGGAGUUGUCUGUCCAUUGUUUCUCCCCCAUUCCACUUCUAGAAGCAAAAAAUGCUGAAUAGUAAUAGAACAUUUUAAUUGGAUUUCUUUGUGUGCUCUUGAGCCUCGCCCCUGUUAGAAUUGCUGCUGUUGAAACGGUUCUAUCAUCUUUCUAUCAUGAAUAAAGUCCUCACCGAAGAGCUCCACAUGCUAAAAUAUAAAAGUGUUUUCCCUCAUGAGAAAUCCCUUUAUUUAUUACAGUAAGUGAAAUGCAAUUUGCAAUUUGCAAUUUGAAUAAACUAAACAUAAUUAUUGCUUUGUUUUAACAAAAGGUGUGACUUGUGGCACUUUAGAGUAAUCACUGUUUACCUUUCAAGAAUAGUUUGCCACUCAAUCUUCAUUCAUCAGACCUUUGUAUAAUCUAUCAUAUAAUCUUUUCGGCCCCUGUAAUCUGCCGUUGGUCUGCAGCACUAAUCAAUCACCCAUUGAUUAGGUCUACGGUUUGGAAUUUUCCUCUGCCUCUUACUCUCUUGGUCAUCAUGCGUUUCAUAGUGUUUAUUUUGUGAUGCUGUCUAAAGGGCCAAUAAAUACAAAAAAGCACGCAAGCAUCCAGUUUUUACAUCCUGGUUCCCUGAAUUAAAAGCAGCAAUGAUUUUCAAAUUAAAGACUAUUUGACAUGACAAACGUCGGGGUGAACUGUCAGUGAAGAUGAAGAGUCAAGACAGGCAACAUUACAGUCCAUCAUUUGGAGCAUUUGGAUGUCUGAUAUGUCAUAAUACCGGAUCAUUGGCCAUGUAUAUUCUUGAACUUAUUAAACAAACCAUUACAAACCAU